AUGGCGACUUCAUCGACAACAGAAGUGCUUUCUCUAGCAGAUGACACAGCUCCGGUCACGAUUCAACCACUAGAUGUCGAAGGAUCCGCACAGGUUGAGCCAGAGUACCCAACUGGAUUCAAACUCUGGGGCACCAUCGCCACCUUGGGUAUCAUCUUGAUCCUUGGUGGACUCGAUGCGAACAUCGUCGCCACUGCGGUUCCAGCUUUGACAAACCACUUUCAUACCGUCGCUGAUGUUGGCUGGUACAAUUCAGCCUUUCGUCUCUGCACAUGUGCCUUUCAGUUCGGCUUCGCCAAGCUGUAUAAGUACUUCUCGAUCAAGCAGGUCUUCUUGAUAAGCAAUGUCAUCUACCUGGUCGGCUCUUUGCUGUGUGCUACGGCUAACUCGUCGACUAUGUUCAUCGUGGGUCGAGCAGUGACUGGUCUUGGAAACUCUGGGGAGCUAUCAGGUUGUUUUGCAGUACUGAUCGAGAUCAUGCCGCUCAGGAAGAGGCCUAUCUUUGCAGGAAUGAUGGCAGCGGUUGAGUCGCUCGCCAUCAUCGCUGCUCCGAUUGUUGGAGGUGCUUUGACGCAGUCUUUGGGGUGGAGAUGGUGCUUUUGGAUCAAUCUUCCAAUCGGCGGAGUGUCAAUCGCAUCAAUCUUCUUCCUCUUCUCGAACCCGAGGAAGCGGCCAGAAGAGAGCCUACCACUGAGCCAUAAGAUCAAAGCGCUCGACUUGUUCAGCAACUGCUUGUUCGUCCCAUCCUUGACGACGUUGUUCGUGGCACUUUCCUGGGCCGGGACCAAGUAUCCAUGGGCAGACGGCAGAGUCAUCGGACUGUUCGUUGUCUUUGGUGUGCUCUUGGCAGCCUUCAUUUACAACCAAUACCGCCGUGGAGACUCAGCGGCACUCCCUUUCCGCAUCGUCAAACGCAGGAGUGUUAUUGCAGGUUUCAUCUUCACAACAUGUACCAACUCGAUGAUGAAUGUGCUGGAGUGGUACUUGCCUACGUAUUAUCAGGUGGUUCGAUCAGAGAGUCCAAGCGAUAGCGGCUACCUGAUGACGCCUAUCUUGGUGGGUAUGAUGAUUGGACUCCUCUUGCAAGGCUUCGGCACGACAACCUUUGGAUACUACGCACCCUUCAUGAUCUUUGCGUCGGUAUGCAUGCCAAUCGCCGCUGGACUGAUGACAACGUACAGCCUGGACACUUCGUUGGCUCAGAUCAUCAUCUACUCCGGAUUUACGGGCUUUGCUGGCGGCAUUGGAUUCCAGGGCUCCCAGGCCGCUGUCCAAACGACCCUCAGCGACGCAGACGUCAACCUUGGAAUUGGAGUCAUCUUAUUUGGCCAGAGCAUGGGCCCUGCGGUAUUCAUCUCCAUGGCCCAAGUCAUCUUUACAAAUCUGCUGUCCUCUAACUUGCACAAUGUCGUGCCAGGUUUAUCGCCAAAGUUCAUCGAGGAUCAUGGACUGGGUGAUAUUGCGAGCAGUGUUCCUGUUUCUCAGCGGGAGCUUGUUCUCAAUGGUAUCGAUCAGAGCCUGACCCAUACAUGGUAUCUGGCAGUUGCUUUGAGUUGCACGACGAUCAUUGGAAGCUUGCUGGUGGAAUGGCGGUCAGUCAAACAGAAGCAGUCAUGA